UCCUGCUUCUGUCGCGCUGCUUAAAGGGGGCUCGUCUAUAUAUCUAUUUAUUUAAUUUUUUUUAAUUAUUAUUAUUAUUAUCAUUCCCGCCGCCGGCUUUUGACGCCUCCUCGCUUUUUCUCUCUCCUUUCGGCCUCGCAGUGUUCGCCCCCGCCAUGAAUGGUUUCCGAGACAGCAGGAUCGAGGAGGGCACCUUCCUCUUCACCUCAGAGUCGGUGGGGGAAGGGCAUCCAGAUAAGAUCUGUGAUCAAAUUAGCGAUGCUGUUCUCGAUGCGCAUCUGAAGCAGGAUCCAAAUGCCAAAGUAGCAUGCGAAACGGCUGCUAAAACUGGGAUGAUUCUCCUGGCCGGAGAGAUCACCUCUGCUGCCGCGGUUGACUAUCAAAAAAUUGUUCGUGAAACAAUCAAGCACAUCGGCUACGACGAUUCUUCCAAAGGCUUCGACUUCAAAACGUGCAAUGUGCUGGUCGCUCUGGAACAGCAGUCUCCGGACAUCGCUCAAGGGGUGCACCUCGACAGGAAGGAAGAAGACAUCGGUGCCGGGGAUCAGGGUUUGAUGUUUGGUUAUGCUACCGACGAGACGGACGAGUGCAUGCCCCUGACUCUUCUCCUAGCGCACCAGCUGAAUGCAAAACUGGCAGAACUCCGUCGGAAUCAUAUUUUGACUUGGCUGCGGCCGGAUUCAAAGACCCAGGUGACGGUUCAGUACAAGCAGGAUCGCGGGGCCGUCAUUCCCAUCCGCGUCCACACGAUCGUCAUUUCCGUUCAGCACGACGACAGAAUUGGGCUGGAUGAGAUGAGGGAUGCCCUGAAGGAGAAAGUGGUCCGAGCGGUUGUGCCUGCAAAAUACUUGGAUGAUGAUACUAUUUAUCAUCUGCAACCUAGCGGCCGAUUCGUGAUUGGUGGCCCCCAGGGAGAUGCUGGUUUGACUGGCCGGAAGAUCAUUGUUGACACUUACGGUGGUUGGGGAGCUCACGGAGGAGGGGCUUUCUCUGGGAAAGACUACACAAAAGUUGACCGUUCAGCUUCUUACGCGGCUCGCUGGGUUGCCAAAUCCCUUGUGAAAUCUGGCCUGUGUCGACGGGUGCUCGUUCAGGUCUCUUACGCCAUUGGAGUCGCCCAUCCGAUAUCCGUCUCUAUUUUCCACUAUGGCACCUCUCAAAAAACCGAACAUGAGCUGCUGGAUAUUGUGAAGAAGAACUUUGACCUUCGCCCUGGGGUCAUUGUCAGGGAGCUGGAUCUGAAGAAGCCUAUUUAUCAGAAGACUGCAGCCUAUGGUCACUUUGGUAGGAACAACUUCCCCUGGGAAGUCCCCAAAAAGCUUAAAUACUGAAUUAUGAUGUUGGGCUUCUUUCCCCAGACCUGUUGGUGUACAUUACAGAGAAACCUUCAGGCUCCUUUGAGGGAAAGAGCCCCCACCCCUCAAUUGGUUCUAUCCUUCUCUGCUCUUAAACCAACAAAAACAAAAAAACCUUGGCACACUGUUCAUGACCAUGAAUUAUCAGUCCUCUGGGGCGGAGGGAGGAGGGGACGACCGCAAAUUGCACUGUGCUUUUCUCUCCCUCUUUGCCUGGUGGGCUUUUGACCUACAAGAGCCAGUUGAGCCUAGAAUAGAA